AUUUAUCAUCCUGUAUCUGGUGUCAUAAACAGUUUUGCUCUCUGUUGGACAACCUGUAGGAUCCUGAAUAAUCCGUAGUAUGGAUGGAAUUAAAGACGCAUACCAAGUCAUUGAACCCGUAACUUUGCGACUUGAAGAGGAGAGCGUCACAUCCUACCUUUACUGCAACUCCCUGAAUGGCACUGAAGCUCAUUUGUCCUCUCUGGUGGAGUCCUUCUUGGUCGAGGUGUUCCGCUGCCGGGUUUGCCAGUUUACCAGUGUUCAGAAAGCCAGGAUCUGCAGCCAUGUGUCCGAGAGCCAUUCGUCACCAUCGCCGAGUCCUCGCCUGUCCUGCCUGGAAAAGGAGGACGAGGAGAGCCUGACCGCGGCCGACGAAGAAGCAGAGCUCGACCAGAACGGCUCCCCGUACAACCUCGACUCCGGCUCCAAGAAUGGCGAGGACCACAUGGACAUGGAGCGCAUGUCUUUCCUGCUCCCCGUGUACGGAAUGCUGCAGAACAUAAGCCCACCGCCGUGUGACAUCGGAUUGAGCUCCAACUCCGACGGCAACCUUCAUGUGGCGCAGACGUGUGAGGUGAGCACUUUGUUCGAGGAGGACAGGCACAGCGAAGAGGAGAGCGUCUUCCACCUGGAAAAUGCCCGGGAUGGACUUCACAGGCCACUUUCCUCUAAAAUGUCCUGCGCCGAGGAAGAAGAAACGGCCCAGUCCGCUCAUUUAAUGACCCUAGGCCUGUGCAGAAUCUCCAGCGCCAAAUGUCCUCCUCCGACGUUGCCCACGGGAGCGCCGGACCCACCGGAGACAGUCCUGGAGGACAAGCAGCCCCUGCUAACCACGUCGGAAAUGCAGAAACAAUCUGAGGAGGAACUCGGCCUUUCUUGUGUCUUCUGUCAGGCGGUUUUGAGGAGCCACAGCCUGCUGGAGGUGCACCUGAAGUGUCACGACGGCGAGCAAGGCUUUAAAUGCCCACGCUGCGGUUGGGCGACAUCAGAGUGGGCUGAUAUGGAGUGCCAUUGGAGGAGCCAUGGGAAAAAGAGGAGCUCCAAACCUCAUGAGUGCGGCGUUUGUUCCAGGGCGUUCAGGAGAGCGGACUCGCGCGAUGCUCACGAGAAGAGGCACAAGCGUGUCGAACUGAAGGCCGCUCGUCUGGCGCAGUGCUCUCUGUGUCUCGAGUGGUGCCGUUCAGAGCGGGAGUGGGAGAUACACCAGCGCUGCCAUUUUCAGGGAGGGUUCAAGUGUUUGUACUGCAAUGUGAGAGAAAAAACUUGGAAAAAACUACAUAAGCACAUCAGCAAUCAGCAUGCACAGUACAAAGGAGAUCCAGACCACCAAACGUCAUACAAUGAGUACUCGACGUGUCUUGGAGGGGUGCAGCCAGAGCCAUGGGGUCAGGUCAGGAAGGUGAAUGUGAAACACAAACUUGUGGGACGCAAGAAGAGUGGUGAGGACAAGCGACAUCGUUUGAGGCGCACUGAAAAUGAGAUGAGCGGAGGACUCAAGGUCCCGAACCGGAAAGACUUCUGCUGUCUUCUCUGUGAUAAGAAGUUUUCCACCAAGCUGACCAUGCGCCGUCACAUGGGCAUCCACCAGGGGGAAAAGCCUUUCGAGUGCCCUCACUGUCAUUACUGCACCAGGUUGAAAGCCUCACUCAUCCAGCACCUGCGGGUCCAUACAGGUGAGAAGCCGUACAAGUGUCCUCAGUGUUCCUACGCCUCCAUCGACAGGAGUUCACUCAGAAGACACUCACGAACACACACUCAGGAGAAGCCGUACAGCUGCCAGUACUGCCCUUACAGCUGCAUCCAGAAGAAAAGCUUGGACCUUCACUCACGGCGCCAUCACACCGGAGAAUCAUUUCCCUGCUCGCUGUGCCAGUAUUCCACGCCGGACCGGCAGCUUCUUCUGCGCCAUGCACGCAAACACCACAGCUCAGAGAACUCUGUCAUCGGGCCAAAUGCUGUACCAUCUUCCAAACGAUCCCGAACCUGCAAAUAAAAUAUUACAAUAUUUUUUACAAGA